AUGGAUGAGGACGAUAUACAGCGCAAGCUGGAGUGGCUUGAGAGGGAGCUGGAGCAAACGAGGACACGGGCCGACCAAUACCAGGCGAGGGCUGACCGAUACGAGUGCCUUUAUAACGUCCAUGUCACCAUUUCCCCGGCCCUUGUCGCGGAAAGCGACACCAGUUCCAAAGUCGCCAAGGAUGAUACGAAUGUCGGCAACAAAGUCUAUCCCUCCAUCCUCCGUCCAUGGGCCGAAUUCCCCGCACUCCACGACGCCCGAUUCGGGCUUGUUCUUGACGCACUUGGAGACUCGAAGCUCUUCCCCUCGAUAGUCGAUGUCCGCUCCACCCUGCGGGAUCUCUCACCCACCCCAAGAUUCGACGAGCAAGACGUACGGCCCUUUAUUCGGGUCCACGUAGAAUCACCGGCCCGAAAGAUCGUAAAUGCCUACUUCAAGGCACACCAGGGCUCCUCGACGGUCGCCCUCGAGCUCAGAAAUAACGCCUAUGGCCUCAGGCACAAUACGCCGUCGAUGUCCCGCGACGAGGACCAGCCGCCAGGAGAGCAGCAGUUACCCGAAAUACCAUCGAGCCUGGCCCCAGACCGGUGGGGAGUCCGUGUUACAGAUCGUAAGGUCUCUACGGCCGUGCUAAUCGGAGAGUACAAGGCUGCCCACAAAGCCAGGGCGCAGCAGGGUUACGUUGCAUCGGGAGAAUGUCUUGUUGUUCUGGUUAUCAAAGAUGCCGCCAACGUUUUGUAUUUCGAUUUUGUUUCCAGUUUGGCAGAUAUCGAAGAAGACGUGCCGACUGCCGACACCGUAAAAUGCACGCCUGCUGCCGCAUUCACAACCCUGACCCUUCUCGCAUUGGAGGCAGACAUCCGGCCUCAGAAAUGGAUCCAAGAAGCCCUUGCAGCCCUCCCGCGGUGGCCAUCCAGCGGAACGGGGUCAAGUUCACAAAGCCUGGGCACAGGAGGGCCAUCCUCACUCCCCCCACCUCCUCAACCUCCCCCUCCCCCUUGGCCGCCCGCCACACUCCCGCCGCCAUCACUAUCUGGCGAUAAUGACAAACAAGGAGGAACUCCGAGCUCGCGCCAAUCGCCACAGAAUCGACACCCCACCAAACGGACCAGGGAAGAGGGAGAGGAGCGGAACCCCUGCUUGCUCGGGCUCAGCUCUGGCGGUGCUCUGGAUCCACGCUGCCCCAACACACCGCGCCAUACUCGACAAGACCGCGCGCCGUACCACACCAUUUCUAAGGCUGAGCUGUGCUCACUUUUCCGGUCCCAGUUCGCUUACGACCUCGACCACGGUUGCGAAUGCCUGGACAGGUACGGCAUGUUUGGCGAGACGGGUGUUUUGUUCAAGAUCACCUUGUUGGCGUAUGGAUACACCCUGGUUGCGAAGGGAGUUCAGGUCGAGGAUGCACACGCCCUCGUGGCGGAAGCUGCCAUCUAUUCACAUUGCAGGCGUUUCCAGGGCGUCUACAUACCGGUUCACCUCGGCGCUAUCGAACUCGUCGUGCCGUACUACACGCAAAGCUUAGCUGUCGUCACCCACAUGAUGCUAAUGUCGUGGGCGGGGACGAGCCUCAAGCCCCACAUACCCGAGGGUAUAGAUCUGGAACGACGAACUGAAGCGGAUCAUGGUCAUCGAUUUCAACCUGGCAUAUGUAUCUGA